GAGAGGAGGGACACCAAGCAGCACAGAGAGCCAGUCUGUUUCCAGCUCCCAGUAGCUCGUCUGCCAGACAGCACUCAGCCAUCCACCAUCACACACUCUCAAACACAUUCACUUUCACUAUACGACAGCUGACAACACCUUCUCAUUUACCCAGCAGCAGCAGCACAGACUCACGCAGCCAGAUCCAAAAGAGAGAAGAAAAAACCCCCCAAAAACCAGAUUUGUGCUGCAGACACACCAGCUCCGAGGAGGCUGGGUCGAGGCUGGAGAGGGUGACUGGAGAAUGGAAUGGAACCUCAGAAGGAUGGAAAGUGAACUGAGGCACAUCAAUCCGGACCUGCUGCAGCCCAGCAAGAGCUUCAAGAAGCCCUCUUCAGGUACCAUCACCAUCAACGUGGGGGGGUUCCUGUACACCGCCCAUCGCACCACCCUGGUCAAACAACAGGGUUCCUUUCUGGAAGAGCUGGCCAACGGUAAGAAGGCGGUUCAGCACACCGAUUCCAUGGGCAACCCGUUUAUUGACAGAGAUGGUCCGGUUUUUCGCCAUGUGCUCAACUACCUUCGAACCGGAGAGCUCCAGCUGCCCGACGACUUCCGGGAGGCAGGGCUGCUGCGACGGGAGGCUGAUUUCUACCGUCUGAGUGAACUGGUGGAAGCCGUGAUUGAGUGGGAAAGUCUGAGGGCGGCCCAGCGGGAGGCCGCCUUUUUGGAGAUGACGGACAGCCACGAGAGGUCGCAGGGCCUCAAGGUGUACUGCAGUGACUCCACCUUCCUCGACAAGGUCAAAGGGCGGCUGGUGCAGAUCUCCAAGAGCCGCCUGGACGGCUUUCCGGAAGAAUUCGUGGUGUCGUCCAACGUGAUCCAGUUCCGGCACUUCAUCAAGUCGGAGCCGGGCUCGCGGCUCGUACUGAAGGAGGACAGCACAUUCUUGUGCACACUGGACUGUCUGAAACUAGAGACAGUGAUGCUAGCGCUGAAAUCGGGCUUCAAGCUGGUCACCAGCCUCGACAGCAGCAAAGGCUCUGUGGUGGCGGCCGAGGCCCUGCACUUUGUCAAGUAGGAUGAAGGAAAGCAGACGGAGGAGAGGGGAGGCAGAGAGGGGAAGAGAGAGUAGUGCCUGGUUUCAUAUCCACCCCGCUAAUGUAAGGUAUUGGCUUGAAGAUCUUGUAACAUGUGCUGAGCUGUGAUGUGUCAUUGGGUGGGAGGAGAACAGGUGGGUUCGGACUGUCUCGCAGGACAGUGUUUAUAUCUUUACUGCACAAUGCUGGCUUACGAACACGGGAGCUGAUAAGUUUGGGGUAACAGAGGGGGGAUUCGUCAACCUUUACACCGCUUUAUAAGCUUGUAUUCAUAUAAUUCAGAAUGAUCCGGAUCAACUUAGCAUUUGUGAUAUCCAAAUAGCAUUCGAUAGGAUAUCAUAUGAUGAUAGGUACAGCUCUGUAAUAUGGAAGACAAGACAACGGUGUAUCUUUCCAUAGAGAAGACGGAGGAAUAAAACAGAGAGUCUGAACAUCGACAGCUUUAUCAGUGGAGUCGUCUCUGCACAUGAACUGCUUCUGCUGCUUUGUCAACAGCUGCAAAAGCCUUCAAAAACCAGCCGUGAUGUGCACCGUUGUGCCAUUCAGCUUUUACUACAGUCUGUGUGUGUGUGUGUGUGUGCGCGUGCGUGUGUGUGUAGCUAUACACCGUGUGUGCUGCUGCGUUUAGUCGGUUAAAUAGCUUGCGUUUAGUUUAUUAGCCUCUUUGGAGCCUGGAGGAAAAACCACAGUGCAUUGAGGUUGUUUUUUUUGGACGGACUAACAAACACCGCACCCAAAAAUGACACUGAAGCAACACAAACCGUUUCUCAGUUCACAAGUGGAGUUUAAGUGCAAAGAACCGCGAUUAUUGUAAAGGGCUUUGAAUCUAGCAUGAUGCAUGUGCACUCAAUAAACUGUGUGUUAGUGCUGUGAGCCUUUGUGAAGUUAGUGCCACAACAAUGCCUAUUACUUUUCAAUGUGAAUAUUUUACAAAUAAAAGUGACACUGAAACUA